AUGUACACUUUAAAUAACAAUGAUAUUAAUAUACUUGAUUUACCUGAUGAGAUAUUACUUCGUAUACUUAACAAACUACAUACAAUUGAAAUGCUCUAUUCACUAGUGAAUGUGAAUCAACGAUUUGAUCGUUUAGUACUUGAUCGAUUCUAUAUUCAUCAUUUAGAUUUAACAAUCAAACCAUUGCUUUAUCAUAAUUCUUCAGUAAAUAAUCAAAAAAUUUUCGAUGGAAUUUGUACACAAGUCUUACCUCGAAUUCAUCAUAAAAUAAACAAAUUUACUAUUGAACCACUUUCUAUGAAAUAUAUUCUUGAUACUAUUGAUUAUUCUCAACUUAAUUCGUUAUCAUUAGUCAAUUUUCAAUCAGAAACACUUCUACAACAUUUAACAGGUGAUACUAUACUUCUUCGUCUUCUUAAUAAUCAAAUUACACAUCUUACAAUCGAUAUUACUGAUAAAAUAAGUGAAAUACCUGAUGGAAAUCAAUUAAACAUGUUUGCAUUGAUACUAUCUAUUAAUAAAUGUUUAAUUGAUUUGACAUUUACUCAACGCACAAAAAUUUCAUUUUCUAAUUUACCAUCAACAACUUGUGUAUCUUCAACUCUAACUAAAUCGAAUAUUACUGUAAAUACUUUUGACGAUUGUCUUUAUCUUCUUGAUGGAUGUCUUCAACAUUUAUCUAUAUUGAUUAUUCAUAUAAUUGAAAUUAGCGAUUCAUCAUUGAAUAUAGAUAAUACAAAAAAUCUUCCUAAGUUGAAAUGUUUAUCAUUAACAUCGUAUUGGUAUACAUAUUUUUAUAACAAUCGUAUUGUUCCAUUACUUCGUCGAAUUGGUUUUCAAGGUGGUAUGUUCAAUAAAGUUCGAUGGUUAGUAAUGUUAGAUAUACGUCCAUUUGAAAAUGAAUUAUUUCAAGUUAUCUCACAUAGUUUUCCUUUACUCCAAAGAUUAUCCAUUACUAAUUUGCAAUCACAAAAAAAUAAACAAAAUUCGUCUACAUUUAUUACAUUUGCUCAUCUAUUCGAACUCGAUCUUAAGAGGACACAUAUUGAUUAUGUCGUACAAUUUCUCUUCGAUAAAAAUACUAGUUUACCUCGUUUGACACAACUCACCAUUCGAUAUGAACCAUUAGCAACUGUAACACAAGGUUUUACCAAUGAUGCAGCACAUCUUACUUGUGCUAAAAUAAAACGUCUUGUUAUACAAGAACCAUUUGUUCGUCCAGAAAAAUUUCUUUCGUAUUUUUCUUCAUUGUAA